AUGGUCAUCCGCUUCAACAACGGCGAGCUGACCAAGUGCCAGAACGCGUGGAAGCCCACUAUGAAAAGGAGCAUGCCGGAGACAGACCCGGAAAAGCUGAAAACGGAGGACCUCCUGAGGAAAGUCCGGGCCAUUCUAAAUAAGCUGACUCUGGAGAGGUUCAGUCAGCUGGUGGAGCAGCUGCUGGGUUUGAGCAUCGACUCCACGGAGCGGCUCACUGGCAUCAUGGACCUGGUCUUUGAGAAGGCCAUCGAUGAGCCCAGCUUCUCCGUGAUGUACGGCCAGCUGUGCCACCGCCUCGCCCCUACCGCAGAGCGGGAGCGGCGUGAGGAGCUGGAGCUUGAGAAGAACAAGGCUCGGAGGCGCUCAGUUGGGCUGGUGAAACUUAUCGGUGAGCUCUUCAAGCUGAAGAUGACCACCGCAGCCUUUAUUUUCGACUGUGUCCACAAGCUGCUGAAGACACAGGAAGAGAAUUCUCUGCAGUGUGUGUGUGUGCUGCUAACAACUGUCGGCAAACAGCUGGAUGUGGAGGAAGCCAAGCCACAAAUGGAUCACAUAUUCAGCUCCAUAAUGAAACUGGUCAACGAGCGCCGCACAACGAGUCGGAUUCGAUUCCUGCUGCAGGACGUCAUCGAGCUAAAAGACAACAACUGGGUUCCUGGGAGGGCCGACCAGGGCCCGAAGACCAUCCUCCAGGUCCACGAGGAGGCAGAAAUGGAGGAGCAGGAGGAGCAUCGAAAAGUGAACCAGCAGCUGCUCUCCGAGGACGGCAGGAGGCGAGCAGGACCCUUCGACACUCCUCGAUUUCUUCGGGAAGAAUCAAGGAUCAGUGCUACCGGAAAGAAUCCGACCAGGUCCUUCCUACCUCGAGACACCGCCAGGGUUUCAAAGCCACAGCUUGAUCAGAAAAUCCAGCUGCGCCCACAGGGUCAAGGUUCGUGGGCACAGGGAUGUGCUGGGCGGAGUCGAGCCGGUAACUCAGCAGUGGAGCCCGUGGCCUCAACGCCAACCAGACCGGCUCUGUCUGCAGACCAGGCUGAGAGGAAGUCCAGGUCCAUCGUCGAGGAGUUCCUGCACCUCAAGGACUUCAAGGAAGCCGUGGAGUGUGUGGAGGAGCUCCACCUGGACCAGCAGCUCCACAUCUUCGUGGGUGUGGAGUUGACCCUGGAGUGGAGUCAAAGCUCCAGGGAGGAGAUGGGCCAGCUCCUCUCCCAGCUGCUUCAGCGAGGAACCCUUCCCAAGAUGCAGUUCUGCAAGGGGUUGUCGGACACACUGGAGCUGGCAGAAGACAUGGCCAUCGAUAUCCCUCACAUCUGGCUGUACUUGGCCCAGCUGCUCCGCCCAGCGCCGAGCAAGGGAGGCUUCUCCAUGGCCCAGCUCUUCAGCGAACUGAACAAAGCCCUGCAUCCUGCUGGAGGAGCCGGGCUCCUGAUUUCACAGAUACUGCAUGUGCUGUGCAAGGAGAAGGCAAGCUGGGCGGUGACGCACCGCUCUGUGGCCUCUGUUUGGAGGGAGUCUGGCCUCAGCUGGCCUGAUUUCAUAGCCGAGGGAGAGGACGUCCAGGUCUUCAUCAGUCAGCAGUGCUCGGCGGGGCCGGCGCCUGCUGGUAUUGGUCCCCUGGGGCCCAGCACCGUGGGUGCUGGAGGUCCUGGAGGGGGCCUUCCUCUGCCCACUGCUGGACCGGUGUGUGGAUGUCUGCCUGGGGUGAUAGCUGGGAUCUGGGAUAGUCGCCGGUUUUCUGGGCCCUGA